ACCCCAUCGGACGAAUCGAUAACUUUGGCCGGCUGUCAGUACCGAAUAGAGAAGGAACGCGUGUACAUAUACAUUAUUGGAGACAGAACUGAUGUAUGGAAAAAGGGGGGUGGGACAACCAACCAAGGGCAUCGUCGUCGUCGCGCGCAUAUCCGCCCGUCUUGACGCAACUCCGUCGACGAAGCGUUGCCGGAUCGUGAACAGCAUUCGAUCGAUAAAGACAUGGAGUGUAGCCCUCCUUUAGCUUGUUAUCAAAACGGAAAAAGGGGGGAAGCCGGGCGAUGUCGGCCCACCAUCGAGGGCAACCAACGAUCCUGUAUGGGAGGUUGCCCGCAGAACAGACGACAGCUGUGCCAACUGGCGACCUGAAAGUUGUGUGGUGGUACGGUUCGUCGCUGCUGUUUCGACAAACUGCAUCUCUACAGUCCUGUUGACGCAAAAGCAAAACAAACGACAAACGCUGAAAUAGAUUCGGGUACAAAAAUGUUGUCCGACUACGAGCCAGACUUCUUUUUCGAAGAAGACAAGAUGUAAGUUUAUUACAACCACAAGUUUCUAUUCUACGUCAUCCGUUUAUUCCAUUAGCUGUUUCGAAUUAUUGUUAUCUGUCGCAUGGAAAGGGAUCUGUUACUUUGUUUUGUGAACACAAGCUCUUUCCGUUUCCUUUGUUGCAAUCGAGUUUUGGUAUCGAGACAAACAGACUCGUUCUGUAGUCGUUAAAACGAGACCGUAUUACAGCACUUCGAAAAAGAUAUUUUAGAGAGCAGUCUGAACAGUGUGGAACAUCAACAAGAGUGUGUAUGUGUGUUUAUUGUUAAUUUCGUCGCCCCAGUCCAUUCUUCUUUUCGUUCUUUUCGUGCGCAUCAGCUUCGGAAGACAAAACAUGUGGCCUUAUUACCCUGCUCAACUACCCAUGAGAGAAGAUUCCAUGGGAAUGACGAUCACGACAGGUUCAGUGGUCCUUGAAAAAGAUGGCUCCAAUUUGAUUGGAAUCAGCAUUGGAGGAGGUGCACCCUAUUGCCCAUGCCUCUACAUCGUGCAGAUUUUUGACAAUACACCAGCUGCUAAAGAAGGAACUCUUCAAAGCGGAGAUGAAAUAACAGGAGUGGAUAACAUUUCAGUCAAAGGCAAAACAAAAUCCGAAGUGGCAAAGAUGAUCCAAGCAGCCCAGAGCUCAGUCACGAUUCGCUACAACAAGCUUCACGCGGAACCUGCUCAAGGCAAAACUUUGGAUUUGAUAUUGAAGAAAGUCAAGCACCGCCUCGUCGAGAACAUGUCCAGCUCGACGGCCGACGCUCUGGGACUUUCAAGGGCCAUCCUGUGCAACGACAGUUUGCUGAAACGCCUAGAAGACUUGAAGCGUUGUGAGGGCAUGUACAGAGGGCUGGUCGAGCACACUAGACGUCUUCUUCGUUCUUAUUACGAUCUGUCCCAAACCUAUAAAGAUUUUGGUAACAUCUUUUCGACAAUCGGCGUCCGUGAGUUACAGCCGCGAGCCAGCGAAGUUUUCACAAAGUUUGGAGAGAUCCAUCGGCAGAUGGAACGUUACGGUGUCCAGAUGAUUAAACAACUCAAACCGGUACUGGCCGACUUGGGUACUUUUCUUCACAAGGCUAUUCCCGACACCCGAAUGACCAUCGGUCGCUAUGCCGACGCCAAGUUUGAAUACCUCUCAUAUUGCUUAAAGGUGAAGGAAAUGGACGAUGAGGAGCAGAGCUACCAUUCACUGCAAGAGCCUUCCUACCGCAUCGAGACAGGAAAUUACGAAUACCGAUUGGUUCUUCGUUGUCGGCAAGAUGCCAGGGUUCGAUUCGCAGCUCUACGGUCUGAUGUUCAGGUCAAAAUCGAGUUACUUGAUAACAAGCACGUUCAAGAUGUCGUCCAGCAACUUCAGAGGCUUCUGAGUCACCUGACUACCUUUUAUGAUCAGUGUCAUCAACUGCUGGACGGACAGCGUUUCUUCCCAAUCGAAGUGGAUUUAUCUAAGGGUGCAUUCACUUAUGAAUCUGUCAGCGGUUUACUUCAGUCUCAGGAUGAAGAGGAGCCCGAGGAAUACAAUGUGGCCGAGGAAGCUAAGGAAACAUCUAAUAUGGUUAAUAACAGCGGGGAAAGUCAACCUCUUAUAUCAAUGGACUGAAAUGGCGAAUAAGCUGUAAUUGGAAAGAAUCGCACUGGCGCAAGAAUGAAUUGCUGUUCUCUGUCUACGGUUUUUAUCGUCUAAGACCAACGAGAGUCUCGCGGUACUUGUUUUUUAAGCACCAUCAAAUUCAUAAUUGCUAUUAAGGCUAAUAUAAACAUCGGAUGAGUACAGAUUUACGGAAGCCCAUUCGAGAAAGUUCUAAAUAUAUAUUUAAAAGAAGGAA